CCAUCAAGAAAUCCAGCAACAACACAUUACGAACGCGAUCCGACAAUGAUCAUUCGGAAGCCAGCCAAACUACAGACUCGAACCGCUCAUCAACACCAGCCGUUCUCCAGCUUAUCAGUUCUUCAUCGACCUUCGACGAAUUCUGAUCAGCAAACGAGGACUGGGAGUAGUACCGAUCCUCAACAGGGAAAUCAGACCGAAUGGAAAUCCAGCUUUGAUUGGGAGGCUGAGCUUCGUCGUCGACAGCGUGUUGCAAAGGAGCGAGGUCGUAAGGCCUCAAAGUUUGUCGAUCAGAUGAAGGUACUAGUCCGAGCAGGAAACGGUGGUGAUGGUGGAGUAGCGUUCCACCGGGAGAAAUUUGUAGCGAGAGGAGGACCAUCUGGUGGGAAUGGCGGGCUAGGCGGAUCGGUGUAUCUUAGACCAUCUGCCGAGGUCCAAUCGUUGAACAGAAUCCCAAGGAUCUUAAAGGCGGCAUCUGGGACUAAUGGGGGCGGCCAAUGGAUGAAUGGACCUGCGGGAAAAGAUUUGAUUGUCGAUGUGCCGAUCGGAACCGUCAUUCGAGAGAUUCGGUCGAGCCAAAUCUCAGCCCAAAGAGAAUCGGCUCUCGGAUUCAAUCUCGGUCAUCGGCCUCCCAAGGCUAGUGAUUUGGUCGGAGAGGAUAUCGAAGUAGCAAAAGCAAGGCGAUCAAAAUUAUUCGUACACUAUCCAGAAUCCGAGGACUCCAAUCAAACCAAUGAAGCCUUAAAGAAUCUCGAAAUCGAUCUGCUUCAAGAGCAAUGGGCGACCGAGAGAGCGCGUUCGCAAUCGGAACCAUUCCAGAUGGAUUGCGCGAAGUUCCACGAGGAUCAUCGUAGCCGGACGAACAUCGAACAUCCCUCUACUCAAGUCAAUCGUUCGAUCAAAGCAGAGCAAGACUUUUUCCUGAUCGCUAAAGGGGGCGAGGGCGGACUAGGAAACUCGAACUUUAGUGGCAAUCAAACUACCUUGCCCAGAUUUGCCACCAGAGGUAAAAAGGGCGAGGUGAUUGAGCUCGAAUUGGAGCUCAAGACGCUGGCCGAUAUCGGGUUGGUUGGGUUCCCAAACUCGGGAAAGAGCACAUUGAUUCACACCUUAACGAACUCCCGAGCAGAGAUCGCACCAUAUCCAUUCACCACGCUGAAUCCGCAGAUAGGAACGCUAAUAAUCUUUAACGACGGAUCAUGGGAUCUAGACGAGCCGACGGAUGCGAUCAACCAUUCACCAUCACACCGGGAAUAUCUUGAUGCCAACAGUGCCACUGAUCUGAUUCGAGACCGUUCGAAUCGCCAACGGUCUUCAUCUCACUCGCCCCGAAAAUGCGAAAGUAUCAGACUGACGAUCGCCGACUGUCCAGGAUUGCUUCCCAAGGCUUCCGAGAACGUCGGCCUAGGCCAUGCGUUCUUAAGACAUAUCGAACGCUCAAGGAUGCUCGUGGUAGUGGUUGAUUUGAUGGCUGGCUUACCGACCGCAACAACAGCAACAACAUCGUCAUCCUCGUCCUCGUUGACUAAUCAAAGACUGAUUGAGGAUGAGAAUCCCCAAAGGUGUUGCCAAGACGUCGAAACCUUAUUCAAAGAAUUGGAAUCAUAUCAACCCGGGUUAAGUGGACGAGUAGGGAUCUUAAUCGCCAACAAGGCCGACCUCUCCUCUACCGACCCAAGGCUUCAAGAAAUCGCGCAAGUGAGGUUACAAGCCCUGCAAGACUACGUUCAUGCAUUGUCCUCCUUCCAGGUCCAACAGUCUAUCCGAAAUCUCGGCACUCCGCACAUCUCCGUCUUGCCUCUCUCGGCUAAGUUUAGACUCAAUGUUAGGAAAUUGGUGCUUGUGAUUAAAGAGUUCUUUGAGGCGUCUAAAAUUUAAUCCGCCCCUUACUUUUUUUUUCUUUAUCAUUAAUUAUGUUAUCUUCAUACAACAUAUCUCAUAAAUGAUCAAGAAACAACAACCUGUCCCCAACGGCUCUCAAUAAUGAGUGUCUGACCAAUGAUGACUCCAAG